GUUUCUAACAAGUUGUCAGUAAUGAUCGAAGUCAUAAAGCAAGCAUUGUUAAAGAUUGCAGACAAACGGGUUAAUCCUAGUGCGUCAAACUUGAUAAACAAUCGCGAAUCUUAUCGCAAAUUCGAUAGCAUUGAAAAAGUUCAUACACCAACUCUUCCAAUGUCGGCCCGGCGAUUGAAGACGCAACAUGAAACUACUGGACCCGAAAUAUGUGGCGGCCCCGAUGCAGACAGCGGCUUCUGAAGCCGAACAAAUCUCUCGUCUUCGCGCAUCGCAAUCUCCAAUAGCAAUCUCCCUUCAAAAAUGUCCGACAUUGACUUCACUAGAUGGACUCAAAUUCAGGGGCUACUGGGACAACGAAGGUAGUGGCGUGUUAUUAAAUACGGGACAAACUGCAUAUUUUACCCUCGAUACAAACUCUCGACCGCGACUAAGCGGCGGGCCCCUAAUGGGCGAGUACAUCUUCGAGCAAAUGCACUUCCACUGGUCUGUUGACGACUUCACCGGCUGCGAACACGUUCUAGAUGGUCAUGGCUACGCAGCAGAAUGUCACUUUGUCCACUAUAACAGUAAAUACGAGUCAAUAGAAGCGGCAGUAGGCCAUGCUGACGGCUUGGCAGUAGUUGGUUUCCUCUUGGAGGCUGUAGACGCCCCUAACCCGAAAUUUGACAAGCUUGUCGAAGGUUUGGAGGCGAUUCAGAGGCGUGACCAAGCUGUUCGAGUCACUGCAGAGUCACUGUCCUGGAUGGAGCGUGACGACCUGCGCGAGGGCAGCUACGUGACCUACAAAGGGUCGUUAACCACGCCCCCGUACACCGAGUGUGUCACAUGGAUCAUUUACCAGAAACCUGUACAAGUUGGCACAGAACAGUUGGGCCUUCUCCGGCAGUUGGAAGGGUUGGACAGCAAGCCCAUCGAGAGGAACGUGCGGCCGACGCAACGCCACCCUCCCGGCCACUCCGUCAUAUUCGUGAAGCAAGUCAAGGCGAAGCUUUAAAUUCAGAUUGAUAUAAGACUUUACUACGACAAAUUGUGGCUAUUAUUCGUGAAAAUUA